UACGUUUGUACCUCAGUGCCGUUAGAUCCUGAACCUGUCCUCGAAGGAAAGAAUGCUCAUCAUAUGCUGUUGUUUGGAUGUGAAGAACCUGGAAGUGACGAUGAAGUCUGGGACUGCGGAGAGAUGACUACCGAGAUGGAGGGAAUGGUCCGAGCACCCGUAUGCAAAACCAAGCAGUCAAUCCUCUACGCAUGGGCUAAGGAUGCACCCGAACUGAAGUUGCCGAAAGAUGUCGCAUUCCCCGUUGGUGGAGAGACGGGUGUCAACUACCUUGUUCUGCAGCUUCACUACAUGCAUGAUCGUAAUGAGCCGGAUCACAGUGGUGUCACCCUGUACCACACCGAGGAACCCCAACCGAAGACUGCCGCUACUAUGAUUCUCGUCACUGGAGGACUUCUUCCACCAAAGACUACAGAAUCGUUUGAGACUGCCUGUGUGAUCGAGGAAGACGUGGAGCUCCAUCCGUUCGCUUACCGCACUCAUGCUCAUCGCCAUGGCGUUGAAGUCGCCGGAUGGGUGGUCAACGAGAACGAGAAGGGUGAAGACGAGUGGUUCCUAAUCGGUAGACGUGAUCCUCAAUUGCCACAGAUGUUCGCACCGGUCAAGAACACCUCGCUGAUUGUACGCCAGGGUGAUAUGCUUGCUGCCAGAUGCAUCCUGAAAAACAAUGAAGACCGUGUGAUCAAGAUGGGUCCAACGGGUGAAGACGAGAUGUGCAAUUUCUACAUGAUGUAUUGGACCGACGGCGAUAGGACCAUGAAGGACAACGUUUGCUACUCUCCAGGAGCUCCUCUUUAUCAUUGGAGUUCGGAGGCUGGGCUGAAUCACAUUCCAAAGUGA